GUUGCUUGUUUGAAAACUUGUUUGUUUACACAUAAACACAUGUUUCGUAGGGAGAUUAAGCUUUGUUGUUUAUAUGUACCAUGCUCUUUAUAUUUCAAUAUAAGUCACAUGUCCUGUAACCUACAGUAACAACUUACAUUGUUGCAUUCCCAAAUAAUUUAUUUUUAAGUUAUUUUAGUGAACUGCGGAUAUUUGAAGGUUUUCGAAAGUAACAAACAUAACUAAUUUUCUUAAUAUCUUCAUAUGUGGUGAGAUGAAACGAGGAUAAAAAAUAAAUAGUGUUGAUUUUAGAAGACAAUUUAAUGUAAUGAAUGCUUAUUAACAUCAUAUUUAUCAUGCAAGUGCUUAGAAAUAUGUAUCUCGUUUAUGAAACAAGCAGGGCGAAACAAAUGUUCUGUGUGAUCAAAUAUUCCGUCUGUCAUUUUCAUGAACGUUAUUUUUCAUCUAAACAUUCUGUAGAAUUGUUACCUGAAGUUCAGACACUUUUGGAUUCUGGGGACAUGAAACAUCGCAAGCAUCCAGGAGUAAGAAAGUCCCCUCCAUUGCAAUUACCAGCUAACUUAGUUCAUGCUGUAUAUAGAUUAGUAUCUAAUGAAAAUGAGAAACGUGUAUUACACGAAGCAGCUGAACUGAAAUCUUUACUUGCUUCUCGAAGACUUCCAAUGGAAGAAGAUGAAGUGAAUUAUAGAUUAGAAAGGGUUCUUGGACCUAAUAUAGAUGAAAUGACUAAAGAAAAAUUGAGUAAAGCUAAAAGAAACAUUCGUUGUGAAUUUGCACGUUGGAAACCAAUUGAGUACAAUUAUUUUCAAAGUUUAGCGUAUUUAGCUGGAAGACUACCUGCAAACUAUGCUUCAAUAUAUAAAGUAUUUUCUGAGGUUAAAUCUAGGCUUCCUUUAUUUCAACCCAGAUCAUUUUUUGAUUUUGGUUCUGGAGUAGGCUCUGCCAUAUGGGCUUCACGUGCUGUUUGGGAGCAAAGUUUGAAUGAAUACUUUUGUGUUGAUUCAUCAUCUUCGAUGAAUGAUAUAGCACAAGAUCUUUUAAUUGAUGAAAACACUGGAAAAAGCAGCAUUAAAAAUAUUUUUUUCAGACAAUUUUUACCAGCAUCAGAUAACAUAAAAUAUGAUUUAGUUGUUAGUGCAUUUUCAUUACUGGAUUUGCCAACUGUAGAAGAUAGGGUACGCACCAUAGAUACACUGUGGCGAAAGACAAAUGAUAUCUUGGUUAUAAUUGAAAAUGGUAAUUUAGCUGGUUUCUAUUCUGUGCUGGAUGCAAGAGACUAUGUCCUUCAGAUCGAGAAUCAGUUGCCUGAUGUUGGGUUGAAUAGAAAUGGAGCUCACGUUAUUUUACCAUGUCCUCAUGAAUUCUCUUGUCCUUUGAUGAAAGAAGAAAAGAAAAAGCCUUGUGGGUUUUAUGUGCCAUAUGAGGAUAUAUUUCCAAGACAUCGGGCAGUUAUAAAAAAAGAUUGGAUUUCAUAUGUAGUUUUAAAGAAAGGCUCUAGACCAACAGACAGCAACACAUGGCCUAGGAUUGUGCAGCCUGUUUUGAAAAAAUCUCGAUUUGUAAUUUGCCGUGCAUGUUGCAGUGAUGGAAACUUAAAGGAACUAAUCAUCACAAAAGCUAAGCAUGGCAGGCAUGCUUAUCGUUGUGCUCGAUCAAGUUCUUUGGGAGAUCUGUUGCCACUAAAUAUUGAACAAUGAAAAAACAAU